CUUCAAAAUACUAAGAUGAAUCAUGUUGCGAUGUUUAGGGAGGAUAUUCUCUGUGUACUCAGGAACGAUUCUGUUGCACGCAUUAUGGAAGUGGUGCAUUUAAUAGGAUAUAAUAUAGCAUAUCAAUUGUUUAGUACUAUAGUCAAUCCAUCUUGGUGGUCUCACCUGUGGAUAAACCAGGGUCUUAGCUUGUUAAUCGGAAUGGAGGCCAUCGAUGAGAUUGUCGUACAGCUCAAAAUAAUGGAUUUAUUUAUAGUUCAAAAUCAGUACGAAUCUUUCAAAUUAAAUUCUUACUUUGCUGAAGCUCGAAACCAAGUCGAUAGCCCUUCUGAAAUUAAUUCACUCUUGUAUUUGCCUCAUCAUUUUAAAGCAUCCUGUUUACUGCUCAUGUUGCAACAUUUACUAUCGCGUGACGUAUUUUGGAAGGGUGUCCAAAUAUAUUUAGACAAGCAUGAGUUUAAUUCGGCAACUUCCGACAAUUUGUGGGACGCUAUGCAAAUUGCCUUGAGCGAAACGGAUAUGAAAUAUAAGCCUGAUCUAAAGAAAUUAAUGAAUGAUUGGACACAACAAAAGAAUUAUCCUGUAAUAAUUGCAACACUACAUGCUAAUGGAUGGGUAAAAGUAUCGGUGUAUUUCAAUGAAACGGAUGACAGCUGGAUACCUCUGACCUAUACUACACAGUCGGUUUCCAAUUUUGACAAUACGUCAAUUAAUGGCACGUUGUGGCUAGAAUGCAAAUUUCAAAGAUUUGAUACUAACCCUGAAGUGGAUAAUUGGAUAAUUGUCAAUUUACAACAAUCUGGAUACUAUCGCGUCAAUUACAACGACAAGAACUGGUUAGGGAUUGCAGCAUAUCUGAAAACUCCAAAUUACAUGAAAAUGCAUGUUCUCAAUCGUGCAAAAAUCAUCGAUGAUGCAUUUUACUUUAUGGUAGCAGGCAAACUCAAUUCCUCUGUAUUCUGGGACCUUACGAGUUAUUUAUCACAGGAGACAGAUUUUAUAGCAUGGUAUCCUAUGUUCAAAGUUUUUGAACACAUGUCGACUAUUCUUCCAUUUUCAAACGAAAGAGUUGAAAAAAUCAAGAUGAAAAUGUACCCAAUGUUGGAUGGGGUUCUUAAGAAUACAGGAUACGACGAAAAAUCUAAAAACGAUGAAGAAGAUUUUACUAAACGUUUAAUGCAAGAGGCUGCAAAAUGGGCAUGUAUAAUUCGUCAUCCUGACUGUAUAGGAGCGGCUCAAGAUAAGCACUACGAAUACCUCAACGACCCUAAAAAAAAUAGUCCUUUGCCGUGGUGGAAGGAAUGGACAUUUUGUUACGGUUUGUUUGAUAUUGAGCGGUACACACUUACAAAUUCACGGACACCUACUAGUUUGUUGGGUUGCUCUGGGGAUAAUAAAGCUGAUUUCGUCAUAAAACAUUUGCAAUUAAUAGCUAGUAAACAAGACGAUGAAUAUACUAUUGUUACGAGCUUUCAUUCCAUUGUUGCGAGACAAUCCAGGAAUGACGAAGUGCUUGACUACAUGUUAUCGAAUUUUGAUGAAUUAAAACCUCGAAAAAACGACAUGGUUGCAGCAUUAAUUGAUAUUAUUAAUCAUGUGUAUUCUAAAGAACAACUUAUGAAGAUAAGGGAUUUUGCAAAAAAACAUGUGACACAUCAGCUACUUUCAAUUCAUCUAAUUUCGAAUGUUCUACAAAAAAUAAGUCUACGCCAGUCUCAAAUAGACGAUCAGAUGGAGUAUAUUCAGAUUUGGGAAUCAUUAAGUGAUCACCAAUAAUAAUGCGCGUGCACUAAUACAUAUAAUAUUUAUAUUAUGAAUAACUUAUUAUCUUAUUAUAUUUAUAUAUAUUGUGAAUAACUUAUUAUA